AUGGAAGAGGAAGAAACUCAACUUCUUUAAUUAAGGGAUUCAGAUGAUGAAGAGGAUCUAAUCCCUUAAUUUAAAAUCAUGUCAUUAAGAGAUGGAAAACAUAGAAAGGUUUAAUUGCAAUCCUACAAUAGUAAUAAUAAAUCAGAUAUUAGAAAAUAAUAACAAAAUCUCAUUGAAUAGAACACUGUGACUAACUAUUACUAAUCAGUUAACUCUUUGCUUUAUGAUUUAAGAAAAGAAUAUUUAGAAAAUGUGGAAAUAGAAAAUAAAAAAAUAAAUGAAGAAUGA